AUGUCCUUCGAACACGCCAUGAGCGUCCUCAAUUUGGACGUCGUGCCGUCCACCGAGCCCGACGCGCUCGCCAGCAUGGACCUUGCCCAGCUCGCCAGUCUGCGUUCCCGUAUUGAGGCCCAGAUCGACACCCUCCAUGCCCGUCUAUAUGCCCAGAACGCAGACAUGGACACCCCACUGGUCUCCGACGACGGCUUCCCCCGCUCAGACAUCGACGUCGUGCAGAUCCGGCUCCUCCGCACGCAGAUCAUCCGCCUCCGCAACGACUGGCGUCUCGUUUCCGACGCCCUCCAGCCCAAAUUGGCCCAGUCGUUCAGCCGUGCGACCACGGUCUCCCGGCCAUCCAGCAUCCCGUUCGCGUCGGUCGCAUUUGUCGCACAGGACAGCCCGGCACAUACGGCCGGCCUGCGCCCUGGCGACCUGCUGCUAUCAUUUGGAAGAAUUAACGCUACUAAUCACAAUAAUCUAAAGGCAUUAGUCGGGGCCGUCGCAGAAAACGUCCCUGUCGAAGUCGUUGUGCUCAGAAACAAUACCCCCACGCAACUUACACUGGUGCCCGCCAAAUGGGCCGGCCAGGGCCUGCUGGGAUGCAAGUUGGACGUGGUUUCGUGA